CUUCUCGAAGUGAAGUCACAACAUCCCAAUUAAAAUGGCUUUCAAGCUGGUAGUGUUGGUGUGCGCAUUCGCAGCGGCCCAGGCGGGCGUGAUCGCUCCCGCCGCGUACGCUGCGCACCCCGCGCCGGUCGCAUAUGCGGCAGCACCCGUAGUGCACGCCGCUCCGGCCGCCCAUCUCGUCCACGCACCAGUAGCUUACGCCGCCGCCCCUGUCACCAAGGUCGUCGCGCCCCUCGCCAAAGUCGCCGUAGAAGAAUACGACUCUCAUCCCCAAUACAGUUUCGUCUACGACGUACAAGACGGUCUCACAGGCGACUCUAAGACCCAGCACGAAACUCGCGACGGCGAUGUCGUCCACGGAUCCUACUCUGUCGUCGACCCUGAUGGCACCAAGCGCACCGUUGAGUAUACAGCUGACGACCACAACGGUUUCAACGCUGUCGUGCACAAGGAGCCCGCCGCCGUGAAAGUCGCCGCGCCUCUGGUUGCCAAGGUUGCCGCUCCCGUGGCAUACCACGCCGCGCCAGUCGUCCAUGCCGCCCCUGUGGUCCACGCCGCCCCGGUCGCCAAGCUCGCUGCACCUGUUGCCUACGCUGCCCCCGUCUACCACCACUAA